UGGUCCACAUUUCCACCUUCCUGCAGCACCUGGUGAGCUCGUCCGAUCUCUCGUGGUUGUUGUGAAGCCAUAAAGAUGAAGUUGGCUGCUGUUUGCGUUGUGGUGCUAGUCCUGAUUGGCAGCUUCUGUGAUGCUCAGCCCCAAAUCAGCAAACUAAAAUACCCUCCAGUCCCACAAUAUCCUGCCAAAAACCCUCCAGAAGUCCAACAACAAAAGCAAACAUUUGAAAAAGAACUCACCUGGAAAUAUCCUGAAAACCCCCCUCCAGAAGUCAAGCCAGAAGUGCCAUUCGAGCUAAGGUACCCUGUGGCUGCUGCUACUGUUGCUGUCGAUUGCAGAGAGAGCAUAGCUCACGUGGAAGUCAAGGAGGACAUGUUUGGCAUUGGUCAGUUGGUCAGUCCAGCUGAUCUUACUCUGGGUACCUGUGGUCCAAUUUCAGAAGAUACUGUUGCUCAAGUGUUGAUUUUUGAAUCUGCGUUGCAAGACUGUGGGAGCACGCUGACAAUGACAGAUGACUCUUUUAUCUACACCUUCACCCUGAACUACAACCCCACACCUCUUGGCAGUGCUCCUGUUGUGAGGACCAACAAUGCUGCUGUAGUUGUGGAAUGCCACUACCCAAGAAAGCAAAACGUCAGCAGUCUUCCCCUCACUCCACACUGGGUUCCAUUUUCUGCAGUCAAGAUGGCAGAGGAAUUCUUGUACUUCACUCUGAAACUCAUGACUGAUGACUGGUUGUAUGAGAGGCCAAGCCACAUGUACUUCCUGGGAGACAUGAUUCAUAUAGAGGCAGCUGUAAAGGAGUACUUCCACGUACCUCUGCGUGUUUACGUGGACGAAUGUGUAGCUACUCUUUCACCUGAUGCUAACUCCAGUCCCAGCUAUGCCUUCAUUGAUAACCACGGAUGUUUUAUGGACGCCAGGAUCACAGGCUCUGACUCCAGGUUUAUGCCUCGCACCACGGAGGACAAGCUUCAGUUCCAGCUGGAGGCCUUCAGAUUCCAGGGUGCUGACAGUGGAGUGAUGUACAUCACGUGCCACUUGGUUGCCACAUCCGCUGCCUACGUCAUUGACACUGAACAUAGAGCUUGUUCUUACAUUAACGGAUGGACAGAGGUCAGUGGAGCUGAUGUUUGUGGCUCCUGCGAGUCUGGUACUUUUGUGCCAUAUGUCGCCCCAGUAAUUACACCUGGUGUAGCAACAGUGCCGAUACCCCCUGUAAUGCCACCCCCUGUAAUGCCACCCCCUGCACCACCUGCACCUCCUGCAUAUCCUCAAUACCCUUCUAAGUAUCCUACGAAGAUUAGGCCAUCACGUGAAGCAGCCAAGCUUGAAGGUAUUGAAUGGGAAGGUUUCGUCACCCUGGGCCCUAUCCCCGUCAAGGAGAAGAAGAAGGCCUAAAGGAUGAAGGUUUAACAUCGUCUUCUGCUGUCACCAUAAUCAUCAAAAUAAACAGUAUAAUUGGUUCA